CUAUAUAAUCAUCAAAUGAUAAACAAUUUGGCACCCACUCCCACUGUGUUCUUUCUUCUGCAACUUUCAAUCAAGCCCAUGUUCAAAUACUUGAGUUUGAUCUCUACCCACUUCAAAUGGGCAUUGAAUUUAUUGAUUCCGAAUCCUCUCUUCCAAGACCAUCACCUUUGCAAGCCAAAAGAUUUUGGUGAUGAAGAGCUAAGCACAAGGCAGUGCUACUAUAAGUGCGACCCAAGUAGUGAAGCCAUAGAAUGUGCAGUUUGUCUAAGCAAGAUUGAACAUGGAGAAGAGAUUAGAGAAUCAAGAAGAUGUAGCCAUAUCUUUCAUAAAGUUUGCUUGGAUAGAUGGAUAGCUCAUGGUCACAUGACUUGCCCUCUCUGCAGGGGCUCGCUUGCUCCACGUAGGGCAAUCUCUGAGCUUGGAGUUCAAGUUUUGGUGUUCAAGUUUUCUUCUUUCAUGGCGUCUGAUGAUCGUGAUACUUGGUGGCUUAGAUAGAUUCACUUGUCAUCGUAAUCAUUAUUAUCCAAAUUAAUUAUACUAUAUUAAAUUCAA